UCAAGAAUUUGGGGAGCCAGAACCAUUGUGGAAAUAAGUUUUACUUUAUUUUAAAAGUAAAUCAGCACGAAAUCAAAUUGAUCUGAGUAGAUGAAAUUGUUGCUCAAACAAUAUUACAAGUAUAAUUAAUGUUGGUUCCAUACUAUAAUGUUAAGUACCCUGGCAGUUAUCAACACUUUUCUAGAAAACAAGUAAACGGAAAAAGGUGAAUUUUUGUAGUGUCAUGUUUCAGUUUGGAACAUUUAUUUGUACAAUUAUAUUUUUAUUAAUUUGCAUGUCCGUGCGCCAUUUGUGUGAUUUGAUAUGCGAUUGUUUAUUGUGUGAUGAUGGGGACAUAUGGGGAAAUUGUGUGUAAUUUAUUCAGACAGAAUAUACUAGUAAAUGUUGAAUAAAUAAAUAAUCUGCAUAAUUACCAGCUUUAAAACCAGGCCUCCGUGUGGUGGAUGUUUAAUAGUGAUUAUUAUACACAGACAUGUGGCAUGUAUUCAAUGUAAAUCAUCAAAGAGUCACAUCAGCCGUGUAAACUUAAGUUAUCAAACAACCAAACUUGGAUAACAAAACCCCACCCAGUUGGAUACGGGCGUCUCCAUUGGCCCGCGUGUCUGUAAAUCCGUUCCCUCUCGAUUCCGCGCGUGCCAUUGGUCGGCGGUGACGACGAUCCCGAGCCGUGCUCCCGCCCACCGAGCGGAUCAAGUUUGAAUGAACAACAGCAGUCUGUUCUGGAGGUGGUAGUUGCUUUUGCAGUAAUUAUUUAAAAGUGUGUAUCGCACCUCGAGGGCUGCGCCGACCGAGGAUGGACAUGAAGAAAAGGAUUCACCUGGAGUUGCGGAACCGCACUCCGUCAGACGUCAAAGAACUUGUUCUAGACAACUGCCGCUCAAAUGAUGGAAAGAUCGAGGGUCUCACGGACGAGUUUGAGGAGCUGGAGUUCCUCAGCACAAUCAAUGUCGGACUCACGACAGUGGCCAACCUGCCCAAGCUAAAUAUACUAAAAAAGCUUGAACUCAGCGAUAACAGGAUCUCAGGGGGGCUCGAAGUUCUGGCAGCGAAAUGCCCCAAACUCACACAUCUCAACCUCAGUGGCAACAAGAUUAAAGACCUCAGCACAAUAGAACCAUUGAAAGAAUUGGCGAUUCUGAAAAGUCUAGAUCUGUUCAACUGUGAGGUGACGAACCUGAACGAGUACAGAGACAACGUCUUCAACCUCCUCCCCCAGCUCACCUACCUGGACGGCUACGACAAAGACGACAAAGAGGCGCCGGACUCCGACGCCGAGAUCUACGCAGAGGGAUUGGAUGACGACGAGGAAGACGAAGACGAUGACGAGGAGGACGAUGAAGAUGCAGCACCAGGAGACGGGGAGAGAGAGGAUGACGAAGAGGAGAAUGAAGUAGAAGAAGAACUCAGUGGAGAGGAGGAAGAGGAGGAAGAUCUGAAUGACAAGGAGGUUGACGACGACGACGAUGAUGAGGAGGAUGAUGAUGAAGCUGUAGAAGAGCAAGGUCAGAAGAGGAAACGGGAGCUGGAUGAAGAAGGGGAGGAGGAUGAAGACGAUUGAGAGUCCUCUGGAAGCUGCUAAGUUGUGACCUGUUCUAAAUGUGUAACUCCCCGUCACUCCCCAACAACCCCAUGUAUUUUACUCCCCCGUUUCAUAUUGCAGUAGGAGUGGUUUUAUAUUAUUGGCCAGUCAGGUAGACGGGGUUGUCUGGGGAAAUAAGUUAAACGUAUGUACCUUUUUGAUGCUCCCAUGUUCGUCUUUUCUGUCCACUUUGAACUGCUUUGUGGACACCAAUUUUAUAAUAUCAAGAUAAACCUUUUUAAGACAAUGUUUUUUUUCCUUUUCUCACCGUUUGUGUAAGACCAGUUUCUGAUGGCUUAUGUAUUUUAAAAGAGCCCCCUUGAAAAGAAAAAAAUAAAUAUGAAAUGACAAAAAAAAGAGUGCAUGUAUAAUACAUUUUAAAGUCAACUACUGGAGUUCAUGUAUGGCUGUCCUCUCCUCUCCGUAAACUUAUUUUUGCAUUGUAUUUUUGUUUUAAGUGUAAGUUAUGCAUUUGUAGUGUCGCCAGUAUGCCAAUACUUUCUGCUGUCCUGGUGUGAAACUUCUGUCUGAACAUGCACAGUGUGACCCCUUACAGGGCAUAUUUUUAAAUCAUAGCAAAUGUCUGCCCUUGUCAAAGCUCCUACUCUUCCUCCUCCUCCUCAAACCCUCAGCUUUGAUAGUUCGGAAAUUACGUGUUCUUGUAAAUAAUGACCAAAUCUAUUUUUUUGUAUUCUCUUUGAUGACGGCAGACAUUGAACAGACAACUGAGGUGAAACUACAAAUUGUAAUAAGAAUAUUAAUUAUGUAUGCUGCUUUAUCUAAAAUACGCAGUGUGAAAUUUCUUGGAAUUUGAACAUAACUUUGUAUGCAUAAUCUUUCCAUAAAGAAAGUUGUUCAACAUCAGAA